UCGUUUUCCUAAAAAAAAAUAAACUCAACGUUUUCUUCACCUUCGUUUUUCUUUCUCUUAUGUUCGAGAAGGUAGAGUUGUUUCAGAAAUGGAAGCUUUUGAUAUGGCCGUUUGUUUUGACGACAAGUUAUUAGACUUCGGCUCCGACGUCGGAGAGAAAGAUGAAGACGAAGAUGAACAGAACUAUAACUUCUCAAAGCUUAGCAAUAACAGUUCUCUUCCUGAAUUUGGAGAGGAAGAACUAGAAUGGUUAUCAAACAAGGAUGCAUUUCCAGCCGUGGAGACAUCGUUCGUGGAUAUUUUAGGGGCCACAACGCAGCACCAGAGCCCUGUUUCAGUACUCGAUAAUAGCAACAGCAACAGUUCAGGUAGCACAAUUUUAAGCAGCGGAACCGUUGUAAUGAAUUGGUGCGACAAGUUUAUAGUACCGGUGAAGGCGAGGUCGAAGCGUGUGCGUAAAUGUCGGGACAUGAGGAACCAAGAGAACAGGUGGUGGGUAAAGGAGAAUGUGAAGAACGUUAGAGUGGGUCGUGUAGGAAGGAAAUGCCAGCAUUGCUUGGCGGAGAAGACACCUCAAUGGAGGGCAGGGCCGCAUGGACCUAAAACACUUUGCAAUGCUUGUGGGGUGAGGUACAAGUCGGGGCGUUUGGUGCCGGAGUAUCGUCCAGCAAGUAGCCCUACUUUCUCCGAUGAGUUGCACUCCAAUUCCCACAGGAAGGUAUUGGAAAUGAGGAGGCAGAAGCAGUUGGGGUUUUCUGCAAUCAAGCCCAUGGAUAAAGGGUAGUUUUCUUCUUAGCUGAUCACUGCACCUUUUAUGUUCCGUUUUUUUUUUGGGGGGUGGUUUCAAGUUAGUGUAGUCAUGUGUUAUUUUAGGAGUUGGUUUGUAAUGGGCUUAGAUUGGGCUUAUGAAAGUUGCUCUUUUUUUAAAUGAAAAAUUUAGGGAAAUUUU